AUCUACCCUUACUAAUGGCUACCUCCGGAGUGCCGGCGGUCACCGUCCUCUCUCUGUCACGACCAAUAUCGUCGUGCCACCUGUCACCCCACUGUUUUAUCCAUAGAACCGUCAACACAUCUCCACUACUUCAAAGCACGACCACACAAACGCUGACCUCGUUUUCCUCGAAGAAACCUCGUUCAAAUCGAAGUGUUGCGUUGAGGUCACAGCUGAGACACCCUAUCGUAUCCCCCGAUGACCACUGGGGUAUUUGGUCCAUUCUCUUCACCAUUGGCGCUUUUGGUCUCUGGUCAGAGAAGACCAAGAUUGGGAGCAUGGUAAGUGCUGCUCUGGUGAGCACGUUAGUUGGUCUUGCAGCAAGUAAUCUGGGAAUACUUCCAUUUGAUUCUCCAGCAUAUUCUAUUGUCUUGGAGUUUCUGCUACCCAUAUCUAUUCCAUUGCUAUUGUUUGGAGCAAACUUGCAGCAUGUGGUGCGUUCAACUGGGACACUACUCUUAGCUUUUUUACUUGGGUCAGUUGCUUCUAUUGUUGGCACUCUAGUGGCAUUUCUUAUAGUGCCUAUGCGAUCGCUUGGUCCUGACAACUGGAAAAUAGCUGCUGCUCUCAUGGGUAGCUAUAUUGGAGGAUCUGUUAAUUAUGUUGCAAUUUCAGAGGCGCUUGGUGUGUCUGCAUCAGUUUUAGCUGCAGGAGUGGCAGCAGAUAAUGUUAUCUGUGCUAUAUAUUUUAUGGUAUUGUUUGCAUUGGCUUCUAAAAUACCUGCUGAGGCUGCAGCGCCAACCACUGAUGAUGCAAUGUAUAUGAUGGAGUCGGAUUAUCAGGGAAACAUACCUGUGUUGCAGACUGCUACUGCAUUGGCUACAUCUUUUUUGAUAUGUGGGGCUGCCAAAUACCUAUCAAAAUUAUAUGGCAUCCAAGGAGGAAUUCUCCCAGGAGUAACUGCCAUCAUAGUCAUUUUAGCCACUCUUCUCCCAAGGCAGAUUGGUCCCCUUGGACCAGCUGGUCAUACUGUUGCACUGGUUUUGAUGCAGGUAUUUUUUGUGGUGGUGGGAGCUAGUGGAAGUAUAUGGAAUGUUAUCAAGACAGCCCCGAGUAUUUUCAUGUUUGCCCUAGUUCAAGUAACUAUCCAUCUUGUUAUUGUUCUUGGAUUAGGAAAGUUGUUUAAGUUUGAUCUGAAGCUGUUACUUUUAGCAUCAAAUGCCAAUAUCGGAGGUCCUACAACAGCCUGUGGGAUGGCCAAGGCCAAAGGCUGGGAAUCUUUAGUUGUUCCUGGAAUCCUUACAGGCAUUUUUGGAAUUUCAGUAGCAACAUUUCUUGGUAUUGGUUUUGGAGUGAUGGUCCUGAAACGCUUGUAGAAAUGAUUAUUUCUGAGUUUCAGAUACUAAAGUUUUGUACUGCUAAUUGGAAG